AUGUCACAAUGUUUCAUCUUUGCCUUACAAGAGCGAUGGAGGCCUGAAACCCACACGUUUCAUCUUCCAAUAGGUGAGUGUACUGUUACUCUAGAGGAUGUUUAUAUGUUACUUGGUCUGCCCAUUGAUGGCAAGGCUGUUAAUGGAUCUGUUCAACAUGCUAAUUCAAUGUGUGAGAGAGUGUUGGGAAGAGAUCUAGUUGUGCCUACUCAAGGUUCAAGAGGCCAGGGUAUCAGUCUGGUCUCACUUAGAGCUUACUAUGAUGAACUCGUCUUUAUGGACAACUCUACCGAGGAGCAUGUUUGGUUAAUGACUAAGGUCUAUAUAAUGCUGAUGUUUGGUAAACUUUUAUUCCCGGAGUCGACAGUAUGGGGUUGGUGGAGAAUGCCGACGCUGUCCCCUGCAGGCAGGAACAACUACACGUUCCCUUAUGCAACAAGGUUCUGUGGUCCUAAAUUGGAUUACAGUAAGAAUCCGAGGGGGAGUGUUGUUUUGUAUCGGGACCUAAUUGAUCACCUCCGAGCUGAAGAUUUUAAUUGGAGACCAUACUUGUUGCUGGACCAUGAGCCAAACGAGAGUGACCGGGAAGUUUGGACUGCAGUAGUACCGAUAAUAAGGUUCAACAUCGUGGAGAUGCACCAAUCUGACCGUGUGAGACUGCAGUUUGGCAUGCAUCAACCGAUCCCGGAUCCCCCCACUGAUUUGGGUCGCUGGCAUAUUAAAAGAGUUAACAAUCAAUGGGACCACGCAGAUUAUCGUACAUUCGCACCUGAAUUUUGUGAGAUGUGGAAGCAGCGUCGCAGCCGAGGUGUUUAUCGUUUGAAGCAUCAUUUGGCCAAAACCAGAAAUAAUGUUAAGUCGUGUUUAGCUAUUCCAGAUGACAUCAAGAAAACAAUGUUGGAUAAGGUUUAUAAAUUACAAAAGAAUUUGCUGCAAAAGUCACAGGAUAUUAACAUUGAAGGUGAUAAUGUUGUUGCCAAUGAUGAUCUUGAGGUUGCUGAUUGUUUGGGUGGAAAAAGGAAAAGUCAGUGGUUCGAAGAAGAGGAGGUGCGAUUGACGGAAUGCGUCAAAGAGGAAGACAACGUCGAGAGGCUGAUAGCGAGGGACAGCAGGGAGCUGCACCUGAGGUUGGUCCGCAGCACCCGGCAUUUUCCGGAGGACCGACUGAUACUUCUUUAUUGA